CGCUACUGCCGAGCCGAUCUUCGGUUCCAAUUCUGUUUCAACUGUUCUAAUUUGCGCGCACGCUGAUUGGCGUGACACUUUGACUGUGAUUGGUCCAUCGGGAUGUUCUAAUUUACAUGCACCACAAUUGGUCCGGAUGCGAAGCUUGCUAUUUGUCCAUUUUGAUGUUUCAAUUUGCUUUCAUGCCGAUUGGCCAUGUGGACGGGUCCACAGACAGCGCGUUUUUAGAACGGGGUGUGAGGCACGUCAGUACUGUACAGUGCUUCGGUGUGUCAGCAUCGACAAAAUUAUUUCGACAUUCAUCUUCGCCAUUUCAACGCAUCAGAACAUGGAUUUCAAAGCCAACUUCCGUAGAGAGGGCUCUGGUGAGCUUACGCUCAAGCCAUCAGCUGAGGCAGCAGCCCUGGCUGCUGCCUACAGGAAAAACCCCACUCCUGGACGGUCAUGGCCUGCUGUUAGGGUCAAGGAGGAGGCCAUGGCUCGUGUGGCUGCUGCUGGAGGGGACACCGGAAAUUGGCAGCUAGUGCUAAGCGAGAGCGCCCUGCAGUUUGGCCAGUACCGUGGGAAAACCUUUAAAUGGUUGCUAUCUAAUGAUGUUGGAUAUUCAGCCAUGGUGCUGGCCUCUCAUCGGCAGGAGCGGGAGCGUGGAGACACGUCCACAGCUGCAGUAAUGGGCAACAAAGAUGCGUUGCUGCAGUAUGCGGGCCUGUUUCCAGAUGUUAUGGCAGCCAUACAAGAGUGGCAGUUUCGAGAGGGGUCCGGGACAACGGGCCAGGAGGACAAGCUCCUUGUCGGGUUUGGAAAUUUUGUCACCCUGACGUUUAAGGAUCUCUAUGACGCCAAGGAUAAGGACAGAAAGGGGUAAGAUGUUAAUCUAAUAGAAGCUGCUGGCUGUAGGAAUGUGUAGUGUAUGGGCUUGAGUUAGUAAUUUUUUGUUCUCGAUUCAGCUUCAUCAGGUGGGUGAGGCAGAAGAAGGACAUCCAUCCUGGCACAAAGAUGGAGGCUCUGCAGAAGUACAUUAAGAGAAGAG